UGUAGUUAUACCAAGUAUGGACAGUUUUGGUGAGAUACCAAAUCUUCUUUUCAAAACACUGAAAGUGACCUCCAUUAUGUUUUCCCACCAGUCCCGAAGUGUCAAACAGCUCCAUAGGAUAUGUAAAAUCGAAGCAUUUUGACCAUCACAUCUCCAGCAAUCGUCUGUGGGGGCCAAGUUCCAUUUAUACAAUUGUUGCAGUGUUCGAUGCCACCUAUGGAUUAUCGUAAGUUGGAUAAAUCUACUGCCUAUUUCUUUAUACAUAGUAUUAACGUUAUGGAGACAUGAGUCCCAUUCAACUGAAGAUAUAUCCAAUGCCAGGUCCUGGGCCCAAUAGCCCUUAACUUUAAGAAGAGGGUCAGCUAACCGAUCCUGCAAUAAAUGAUAAAACUUAGAAGUGAUACCUUUACCCAAGGAUGAUCUCGAGAGCAGUACGUCCACAGGGCUGCCCACAGGACAACACAAGGGGGUUCCCAGCCACUUCAAUAGUGAGCUGUGUAUUUGAACAUAUCAUAACAUAUAAAUUCAGAGACUGGAGAUAUAAUCAACCUGCAGACUUUUAACUACGAGGAGUUAAAAACUUUCCAGUUUAAAGUUAAGGCCAAAGACUCUGGUGUUCCUUCGCUCAGCAGCAACGUCACUGUAAACAUUUUAAUUCUGGAUGAAAAUGACAACAGUCCCAUGAUUCUCGCACCAUAUUCUGAGCACGGCUCCGUUAACAGUGAGAAUAUCCCCUAUUCUGCUGAAGCGGGAUACUUUGUGGCAAAGAUCAGGGCUGUAGACACAGACUCUGGAUACAAUGCACUGCUCUCUUAUCACCUGUCUGAGCCCAAAGGAAACAACCUGUUCAGGAUUGGAACCAGCACCGGGGAGAUCAGGACAAAGAGGAGAAUGAGUGACAAUGACCUCAAAACUCACCCACUGGUGGUCUUGGUCUCUGAUAAUGGAGAACCCUCCCUGUCAGCUACUGUGUCGAUUGAUGUGGUGGUGGUUGAAAGCACGGCUGAAAUCCAGACUCAGUUCAGACAUGUGCCUGUAAAGGAGGACAGCUUCUCGGAAUUGAACCUGUAUCUGCUAAUCGCCAUUGUGUCGGUGUCCGUCAUCUUUCUGCUCAGCCUCAUCACUUUAAUAGCAGUCAGAUGCCAUAGGACAGACGGCACUUUCAGCAGGUACAGCGCCCCCAUGAUCACCACCCACCCUGACGGGAGCUGGUCUUACUCUAAAGCUACUCAGCAGUAUGACGUGUGUUUCAGCUCAGACACACUCAAGAGCGACGGAGUGGUUUUCCCCGCCCCGUUUCCACCUGUAGAUGCAGAACUGAUCAGUAUUAACGGAGGACACACUUUUACCAGGACUCAGACUUUACCUAACAAAGAGAAGGUAGGCAACAAAACACCACCCUUAAUCCAUCUUAACAAGACUGUUUGA